UUUACAUAUCACUGCACCGAGUCAAAGACACAAGCUACCUUUCAAAUUUGUUAGUUCCAUUCAUCCACUUCGUUUCCUAUUCUCACCAUGACAGCAGAAAUGGUUACCGGUGCUCUUGUUUCUGCUUUCCUCGAAAGGACUAUUGACACUUUGGCUUCCCGUUUUAUGGACAUAUUUCGUGCAAGAAAACACAAGAAGAAACAACUCAGCGACUUGAAGAUGAAGCUCUUUACCAUUGAUGUUGUGGCUUAUGAUGCAGAACAAAAGCAAUUCACGGAUCCACGUGUGAGAGAUUGGCUUCUCAGGGCCAAAGAUGUUGUGUUUGAUGCAGAAGAUCUCUUGGAUGAAAUAGAUUAUGAACUGCUCACAAACCAAGUGGUGGAAGCUGAGUCUCAAAGUGCUACUAAGAAGGUAUGGAAUUCCCUCAAAUCUUCUUUUGUCAGUUUCUUUGAAAACGAAAUAGAAUCCAAGAUGGAUCAAGUCAUUGAGGACCUAGAAGAUCUUGCAACCCAAAGCGAUUUUCUAGGUUUGAAAAAGGCCAGUGGUGCUGGCAUUGGAUCAGGAUCGGGUAGUAAAUUAACUUAUACAUCUUUGCCAAAUGAAACUGUUAUCUAUGGUAGAGAUGAUGACAAAGAAUUUGUUUUCAAUUGGCUCACAUCUGACACGGAUAACAAGUUAUCUAUACUUUCUAUUGUGGGCAUGGGUGGGUUGGGUAAGACCUCACUUGCCCAACAUGUAUUCAAUGACCCAAGGCUUGAAGCUAAAUUUGAUAUUAAAGCUUGGAUCAGUGUUCCACAGGAAUUUGAUGUUCUCAAUGUAUCUAGAGCAAUUCUUGACACAAUUACUGGUUCAACUGAACAUAGCAUGCAACAGGAAGUGAUUCAGAGAAAAUUGAAAGAAAAAAUUAUGGGGAAGAAAUUUCUUCUCAUUUUAGAUGACGUUUGGAACGAAAAACGAUCUAAAUGGGAAGAUGUGCAGAAGCCCCUAACUUUCGGAGGCCAAGGCAGUAGGAUCCUUGUCACUACACGGAGUGAGAAGGUUGUUGCUACCAUGCGAUCAGAAAAGCACCUCCUGCAGGUAUUAAAAGAAGAUUAUUGCUGGGACUUGUUCGCAAAACAUGCAUUCCAAAGUUAUAAUCCACAAACAGAUCCAGACUUCGUGGAGAUUGGUAAGAACAUAGUUAAAAAAUGUAAUGCGCUUCCUUUGGCCCUGAAAACAACGGGGAGUCUAUUACACAACAAGUCAUCUCUUUGGGAAUGGGAAAGCAUUAUGAAAAGUGAGAUAUGGGAUUUUUCAGAAAAUGAAAGUGAUAUACUCCCAGCAUUAAGAUUGAGUUGUCUCCACCUUCCUUCACAUUUGAAGAAAUGCUUCGCUUUUUGCGCCAUGUUUCCCAAAGGUUAUAGGUUUGACAAGGAUCUUUUAAUUCAACUAUGGAUGGCUGAAAUGUUUCUAGAAAGCCCUCUAAAGGAAAAGAGCCCAGAAGAAGUUGGCGAACAAUAUUUCAAUGAUCUGGUAUCUUGGUCUUUUUUUCAACUAUCCGGCGACGACGAAGAAAACUAUUUUAUCAUGCAUGACCUUCUAAAUGAUUUGGCAAAGUACGUCAGUGAGGACAUCUGCAUCAGGUUAGGAUUUGAUGAACCAAAAGGGAUAUCCAAUAUUACUCGUCAUUGUUCAUUUUCAACUGCUAAAUUCUUUUUUGAUGGGUUUGGGAGUUCGAUUAAUACUCAAAAGUUGCGUACAUUUAUACAAACAGAUUGGAGAACAAACUUUCCUUUUCCUCUUCGCUCUUGGCAUUGCACGACGUCAAUAGAUGACUUGUUUUCCAAAUUCAAGUCGAUACGUGUCCUGUAUUUGUCUCAUUGUACAAACCUUAGAGAGGUGCCUAAAUCUGUAGGAAAUCUUAAGCAUUUUCGCUCAUUAGAUCUCUCCCAUACUGACAUAGAAAAACUACCUGACUCAAUGAGUUUACUCUAUAAGUUGCAAAUACUGAAGUUGAAUAAGUGUGAAAAACUAAAGGAGCUUCCCUCAUAUUUGCAUGAACUUGAUAAUUUGCGUUGUCUUGAAUUGGUAAACACUGGAGUGAAAAAUGUGCCAGCGCAUUUGGGAAAGAUGAAGAAUGUCCAAGUAUUAAUGAGUCCGUUUUACGUUGAGAAAAGUAAGGAAUUCAGUAUUCAACAAUUAGGAGACCUCAAUCUUCAUGGGAGUCUAACAAUUGAUGAAUUGCAGAAUAUCGAGAAUCCUUCGUAUGCAUUAGAAGCAAAUUUGAAGAGCAAAGCACACCUUGUUGAAUUGGUGUUAAAUUGGAAUUUUAUUGAAAACUCCUCUGUUGAUUCAGCAAAAGCUGGGGAUGUAAUUGAGAACCUACGACCUUCAAAAUACUUGAAGAAGUUGGCUAUAAAGAACUAUGUCGGUAACCAACUUCCAAAUUGGUUACUCAAUAAUUCAUUACUAAACAUGGUGUCCUUAGUGUUGCGCAGAUGUAAAUCUUGCCAACGUUUUCCUCCUCUUGGUCUUUUGCCAUUUCUGAAGAACCUAGAGAUUUCAGGGUUUGAAGAGAUAGUGAAUAUUGAUGCCGAUUUUCAUGGUAACAACUCUUCUUCAUUCAAAUCCCUUGAAAGAUUAGAGUUUUCAUCUAUGAGUCAAUGGGAAAAGUGGGACUGCCAAGAUGUUACAGGUGCUUUUCCACGUUUGCAUUAUUUUUCUAUAAGUUCUUGUCCCAAGCUGAAAGGACACCUUCCAGAGUUUGUUGCUUUAAAAACUCUAAGAGUGAUUCGUUGCGAACAUGUAGAAGCUUUGAUUGUUUUUGCUAUAGAAUUACGACUACAAGACUGUGGGAAGCUGCAGUUGGAGUUGUCUACAACGAAUAAACUCAGAAUGGGUGGGCACACCAUGGAAGCAUCAAUGGUGAAAACUGUUGGGCACAUCAUAUUCAACACUUCUCUUGAAUACUUGAGCAUUUAUUCACCCUUGAAGUCAAUCAGUGAUGAUUGUGUCUCUCUAAGGACCUUUCCACUACAUUUCUUCCCAAAACUCAAGAACCUUUACCUCGGAGGGUUUUGUAAUCUGCAGAGGAUUUCACAGCAUGAACCUCAUAAUCAUCUCAAGGAUCUGAAAAUCAAAAAUUGCCCUAAAUUUGAAUCAUUUCCCGAAAACAUGCAUAGGAUGUCUCUAUGGGAGCUAUGGAUAGAAGAGUGUCCAAAACUUGAGUCGUUUCCUAACGGAGGUUUGCCAUCAAAUCUAAGUUUCAUGGAUCUCAAGGAUUGCUCCAAACUUAUUGGCUCACUCAGAGGAGCUUUCAGAGACAAUCCUUCUCUGAGAUGCUUGUGGAUUGAAAAAGUGGAUGCAAAAUCUUUUCCUGAUGAAGGUUUGCUGCCAUGCUCUCUUGUUUCUCUAACCAUCUUGGAUUUUCCAAAUCUAGAAAAAUUGGACCACAAGGGCCUCUAUCAACUCUCAUCUCUUGAAAAACUCGGUCUUUGGAACUGCCCCAACCUCCAACACUUACCAGAGGAGGGUCUUCCCAUAUCAAUUUCACGUCUUCAAAUACGCAAUUGUCCAUUGUUAAAAGAGCGGUGCCAGGAAGAAGGAGGCGAAGACUGGCAAAAAAUUGCUCACAUUCAAGACCUGGAGAUACAAGAGUGAUGUUGUUUGUUUUGAAUAAUGAUGCAUUUGCUCUACUACUUGAAUCUUGUUUUUCUUUAGAAUGUGUAUCAACUACCUUAGCCCUGAGAUAGCUUCUAACGAUUCACCCCACUCAUCAAUUUUUAGAUGUUUAAAGUAAAGAUCAAUCCUCUCUUUGGGACUAAAAUUGAUUUAUACGUAACUUUAUAAUAA